GUGCCGGCUGACUCCGUGGGUAGCUCCGGGUGCUGGGGCAGGAGAAAGCAGCCAUGAGGAGUGUCCUGAUCUUCAUCUGCCUGGUGGGGAUGGCGUGYGCCUUCUCGGUCAAGAGCUGGCUGCGGCGACCCAAGUUGGACAACUUGGAAGAAAAUGCGGUGUUCAAGAACCGGCACCGGCACUACCUGUACAGAUACAUCUACGUGUAUCCCCCACAGCGACGGUACCAGGGCAGUGACUCAUCUGAGGAAGAGGGGGAUGGCUCGGAGGAGGAGGAAGGAAGGGAGCCAUUUUAUGCUGGCACCAAGGCAGCUGGACACCCUGCUGGAGCAGCCCCUGGGGACUGCGAGGGUGCACUGGGAGGAGACGUCACAUCCCCCCUGCAGGGCAAGGGCUGCCAAGGGAUCCUGAAAGGGAUCAGGCAGAGGACUGCCAGCAAGGGGGAAGACUCUGAAAAUGAGGACAGCGAUGAGAAUGAGGAGGAAGARGAGGAAGAGGAGGAAGAGGAGGAAGARGUAGACGAGAAUGAGAAUGGUAUCAAUGGCACAAGCACCAACACCACAGAAGGGGCAGAUGGACCUCAUGGAAAUGGCACUGCAGUGGCUGAGGAGGGCACUGGUGAAGCUGAGGAAGAGGAGGAAGAGGAGGAGGAGGAAGAAGAAGAAGAGGAAGAGGAGGAGGAGGAGGAAACCGAAGUCACCACCAUUGCCAGCACCACCAAUGAAGAGGGUCUGACCCAGGCAACAACUGUGGAUGAUGGAGGACCUGCAGAUGUCACCACAUAUGCCACUACAGAUGCCACCACAGCUGGGGAGCUGUGGGAGUAUGAUGUGACAGCCAGGGACCACGGCCGGGGGGAUGAGGGCACCACCGAGGGUGGCUACGAGGAACAGGACGAGUACGCACGCGGGGACACCUACCGGGCCUACGAGGAUGAGUAUGGCUACUACAAGGGGCAUGGAUAUGAUGUGUAUGGCCAGGAUUACUACUACAACCAGUGAGCAGCGGGGGACAGCCCUGGUGCUGCCCCUGCCUGCCCCAGCCCACUCAGGAAGGUGCAUCCAAAGGCUCCCUGCAGCCACCGCACACAAGAGGGAAUGCCAGGCUUGUCACAUGCACUGGCUCCUUC